AUGGAUGACGAUAAGAACCACCAUAAGAAUAAAAAUGGUCACGAUCAUGAUCACGAUCGUUACCAUAAGGACGACCACAAGCACGACCAUCAGGACAGUCACAAGGACGACCAUAAGGACAGGAAAAAGGAUGACGAUAAGAACCACCAUAAGAAUAAUCAUCAGAAUGGUCAUAAGGAUGGUUAUAAGAAUGACCAUAAGGACGAUCAUAAAAAUGGUCACGAUCAUGAUCACGAUCGUUACCAUAAGGACGACCAUAAGGACAGGCAUAAGGACGACCAUAAGGACAUGAAAAAGGAUGACAAUAAGGACAACUAUAAGGACCAUAAGGACAUGAAAAAGGAUGACAAUAAGGACAACUAUAAGGACGAUCAUAAGAAUGACCAUAAGGACGAUCAUAAGAAUGAUUACAUUCGCGAUCACAAGCAUGGCCAUGGACCUGGAUAUGGGAAAGGGCAUGGCACCGAAAUCUUGCAUAGCAAGUCACGGUGGACACUUGAGCCAUAG